UUAGCACUCUUUGUUGUUGGAGCUACAAAAAGAUGUAUACCAAAACAAAAAUGGCUAGUUUAACAUUGCUAUGGCUAGCAAGUUACUCCAAUUUAACUUCAAUUAUUGUUAUUGUCUUGUGCUUUUUUGCAAUGACGAUUUUCAUAGGAUUCGUUAGCAUCUCCUGGGACCAGAGUGGCAGAACCGGUAUAGCCACAGGCGUGGCCCAGAGAAAUAUGGUGAAAGUGUGCAACCCAUUUGUCUUGCACCUGGCCCAGACAAACACACAGCUCAAAGAUGGCCUGCACAUGAAGUUAUCCAAUCUGUGUCCUAGCAAGAUCUUCAUUAUUUGGGGAGCUAAAAUAAAUCCAUUCCAUGACUUGAUAUUGAAAACUGGGAGACAUAUUUGCAGCGUGCUGGAGUCUGGGGACUAUCUGGCUUUAGAAGCUCUUCAUGCAGAUCAAGUGAGUUUUCCAGAGGCUGGGGAGCACAACUUGAGCCUGCCAUGUCCUGCAGCAGUUAGUAGCCAGAUUUUAGGAGACAUGCCUCGUGUACGUUAUCCUGUAUCUGUGUUCACUUUGGUCAACGAUGAACAAAUCGUUACAUCUCUGCCCGAUGAGGACAAUUCAAUUCUUGGUCUAGUUUCAAUCAUUCACCUGCAGGAUGACAAAGUCACACAAAAUUCACACAUCAUACGCCAGUUUGUGAAGACUACAGGUGUUCAACUCUACUCUUUACAGCCCUUGUAUUUAUCAAGUGGUUCUGAAGUCAGUCGCGUGAACAAAUCUGAAGCCACCUCUACAACUUUAGAUGACUUCAGUCAAGAAAAUAUUUUGGAUACCGGUACUAUAAAAAGUGGUAAAAAUACAAGAAACAAUCCUAAAGAUAUUUCAAAUCAUCCUGAGAAUGACAAAGACAGUGAUGUAACCCAUUCUUCCUCAGGCUCAGAUAGUGAAGGGAGUGACGUAGAAGAGAAACCCAGAGUCUCUGAAUGUGUUGUGUGUCAGUCCAGGCAAGCCAAAUGUGCUCUCCUGCCCUGUCGCCAUGCCUGCGUGUGUCUGGGCUGUUUCAAGUUACUAGACAGGUGCCCCAUGUGCCGAGGGGACAUAGACUCGUAUUUCUUGUUAAGUGACAGUGAUGAGGACAGCCUGGAAGAAGAUAGCGUCACUGAUUUACAACAUCUGGCUGUCAGCGAGUAUUUCUCGCAGGCCUGGGAGAGGUUGAACAUUCGAUUAAAUACAUUUCUAGGAUUUCGGUAGCACAGGGCUGAAAUCAUCCUCUUUUGAAAGCCUUGGUUAAAAACCCUGUGGUUGUGCAUAUUUUAAGUACAAUAGAAUCCAACAGAAUACUUGGGGAAACACAAACAGCAGAAUAAGACAGAAGGAAAUUUAAAAAUUGAUCCCUACAGAAAGUUCAGAUACUUUCUAAAGUUGGAAGUGAUCCCAAUAAUGACAUUUUAUUUUUGCUGGAUAUCUGGUUGAGACUGUCUUUCAAUGAAUCAACUAUUUUUUCCAGACCUUGCGAUCUAUAAGGCAGAUGUUGUGAAGGUCAUCUGUUUCUGUGGCCCACUUUUAACUAGGGUGUCAUGUUGCCAGCAGAAUGACCAACCACCUUUGCUUUCUUCCAACUAACAUCAGGUACCGUACCCAUUAGAGCUGGCUGGACUCAAGAGGCGCCCAAAAUUUAAAAAUCCCAGUCAUCACCAGGAUUCAAACCUGGACCUCAAUUUGGAAGCCAAGCGUUUACUGCUCAUCCACCACGUUUUGAAAUGUACCUCUAUAUUUAAAACCAAAAUUUUGUGUUUUCACUUGAAAAUGGAUUAUUUAAAUUGGAGAAAUUUAAUUUUGAGGUAACAAGACAAAGAGUCUCUAACUUUUUUUUGAAAUGUUUGAAAACAUCUUUAGUCUCAAUAGCAAAGGAAAUAUUGGUUUGGGACGACAAAGGUUGAAAAUACAUUGGGUUUAUUACUAACAAUGUCUCUUAGAGCAAUAUCAAAUUUAUCCUUUCAAUUCUUGUGUUGCUAAAGUGUGUACAGCUUUAAGUUUGCCCCCUAUCAAAGCAAUAUAUUAAGACUGGACUGCCAGCUCCAUAUUUCUUGUAAGAAGUGAAAGAUGGAGAUUCAGGCUCCAACUGGGGACUAUGGAUAGUCUUAAGACUCUAGAGGCUAAUCUGUUGUCUAGAUGUCUUUGAAAAAGGUUGUUUUAAAAAGCAUAUCUCUAAAUGUGCCAUUUUCUAAGCCAAGUGUCUGUGAUUAAUUUCAAAUAAAGUAUUUAUUAUAGGCUACAUUUCCAGGAUUUUGG